AAAGCAAAAAAAAAAAAAAAAAAAAAAGCGAAGUGCGGUUUGGUUUCCUUGUCAACGGAGGACGAAGUGAACAGCUGAGCAGCUCGCAGCGAGCAGGAUUAAAACAAGGUGAGCCAACCAUGACUGGCAAAACACAGACCAGCAAUGUCACCAAUAAGAAUGACCCCAAGUCCAUCAACUCCCGUGUUUUCAUCGGCAAUCUAAAUACAGCCAUUGUCAAGAAAGUUGACAUUGAAGCCAUUUUCUCGAAGUAUGGAAAAAUAGUUGGAUGCUCAGUUCACAAAGGCUAUGCAUUUGUACAGUACAUGAGUGAACGACAUGCAAGAGCUGCAGUGGCUGGAGAAAAUGCCAGGAUCAUUGCUGGCCAACCGCUUGAUAUCAACAUGGCAGGAGAACCCAAACCAUACAGACCCAAACCUGGAAACAAAAGACCCCUUUCUGCACUUUAUAGACUCGAAUCAAAGGAGCCUUUCCUGUCUGUUGGUGGUUAUGUCUUUGACUAUGAUUACUACAGAGAAGAUUUCUACAAUCGGUUAUUUGAUUACCACGGGCGUGUGCCCCCACCCCCCCGUGCAGUGAUUCCACUGAAGCGUCCCAGAGUGGCUGUCACAACGACUCGCAGGGGAAAAGGAGUCUUUUCCAUGAAAGGGGGAUCGAGAUCUACCGUCAGUGGGUCAUCUUCAUCAGGCUCUAAGUUGAAAUCAGAUGAGCUCCAGACAAUCAAGAAAGAAUUAACCCAGAUCAAAACGAAAAUUGACUCCUUGCUAGGGCGCCUGGAGAAAAUUGAGAAGCAGCAGAAGGCGGAGGCAGUUAUUUGAUAAUGAAAGUUUCCAGCAUAAAGUACUGGCAGGAGAUGGAAGAUCACGAACCAAAGAUGGGGAAGCCACACAACAUGGAGAUUGUCCAGUAUUCAAGUUUCAUACUAUCAUUUUUUUUCCUUUUUGUUUUUAGUGAAUUUCUAAGCUGUGAGGAAUAAUUGUAAUGAAGCAUAACUACUUGAUUUUGAAUUCUCUAUACUUUCAAUUGCUUCUAAUAGAUAUAUUUGUAUGGUGUCCUGUCUCUUUCUUUGAGAUUGUAAACUUCCUGAGCAUAAGGUCAUGCCUUCUCUUCCUUCUCUAACUCCCCAACACCAUGUACUAUGUAUCAGGCACAAACCUGGCAAGUCAUUUAACUUCUCUAGGUCUCGACCCCUCAAAUGUAAACUAGAGGAAUGGAUUAUGACCUCAAAUAUACUAUCCCAAGCUUUAAGUUACAGUUAGCCUAAAUCCAUGAUGCAUGUGUUAUUUUUUUCUAUUGAAUAAUUCAAUGAACACAACUUCGGGACAUCGUAGCUAUGUAGAUCAUACCAAUGUAGCCUACGGUUGUGCCUCCUCAUUCCUAGAUGCUUAUUUUAAAAGAGCCACAUAUAAAUGGCCACAUAUGAGUAGCACAAUUUAUACAGUGAUGUUAAAUAAUCAAAAAGAGUAAAAGAGGCAAGAAGGAAAACUAGAAACUGGGUAUCCUACAAGAAGCACAAUUAAUCCACAGGAACUACAUUUUUUUUAAAUAAAAUUUCAGGCAUAAGGGCUCUGAUGUGAAAAAUCAAGUGGACGUUAUUUAAUUCAAUUUUAUUCUGUGUGGUAUGCCUGAUACAUGGCCCGCCAUUCUUGCUUGGACAAUUCCAAUGAUAAUAGCCAAAGUUUGAUCUAAGCAUUGGAGAGGUCACAAACUGGGUCUCAUAAGAUAAAUUCACCCCAACAUGUUUGGUAAAAAUACAGAAUUUUUAAAGAUAAUGUUUAAGAAUUGUAAUAUUACAAAUAAAUAUUAAAAUACAUAGCUUCUUUUGAAACGUUGGAAUCUUUCAAUUCUGCUGUCACACUAUGCAUGCCAUACUCUUUUCAGUUUGCUAAUAUUUUUAUUUAGCCAACUCAUACAUUGUUAUUUAUUUGGUUGGUCCCUGUUCACAUUUGUGUCUCUGACUUCUGUGGUGGGUUCUCCUCAUACUGCACCAAACCAAAAGGUCUUUUGUUUUCACUUCGUUUGUUCAUACUUUUUAUGUCCCCUGAAAUCAAUGUAAUGUCUCAUCCAUGUGAAUGUAACAGACAAUUAAAUAUUUUAAAGGAGUUAUAAUAUUCUCACUCCCAACCUCUGAAUGGAAAGUCAACAUAAUUGGACCAUAGAUGUUUGAUUUAGCUGCAUUCAAAUUUUUGUCAUAGCAUCUCUGAAGCCUUCUUUUCUCUUGAUAAAUAUCAAUAAUUUUUUCAGCUGCUUCUCGUAUAAUUUGGUUUUGCAUCUCGAACCAUUGUCAUCUCUCUUCUCUGGUCAUUCUGUAGUUUGUCAACCAUGUAUUGAGGUACUCAGAAUAGAAAAAUGUUGCUCCAUAUCUGAUCUGAGUGCUGUCACCUAUAAUGUAAAUGUUUCUGUUCUGAAUACCUUAGUGCUAACAUUUGCACUCUGGAUUAAGUUGAUGAUGUUUCUGGUUACAGACAUUGGAUUAAAUACAUGAAUUGAGUUCUUUUCUCCUGAAACUGCAUUCAAAUGAUAAAUUUUAAAAAUGAAAAACCCUAGACAUAAAGAGAAUGGGAACAAAUGGGAACAAAACUUUAGAAGCAAAAAAAAAAAAAACUUUAGAAGCUGGACAGCAGAUGGAGAAAUACACUUAACUUAGCAUAUCCUAGAAAUCUGAGUCUAGUUUUAACCACAGAAAUCCCAAAAGGCUCAAAACUAAAGACAUCUUCCUCUGGAAAAGGAAGUAUAAAUGGCUGCAAGUCUGUUGAGGAAUCAAAUUCCUGUAUUACCAUUCCCAACUGUCCCUGACCCACUAGAAAGCUGAAGAAGGUUACUAUAGAAAAGUUAAAAUGGUAGAUCUCAGAAAUGGUAAACAACAAAUUUGAGUGCAGUUGAAGAUAAGGAGAGAAGUGAAAUUUUAGACAAUUACUGUAGAAAUUCUAAGCAUUCUCUCUUCCCCUCUGAUGCCAGAGUACUGUCAAGACCCUAGAAGUUUUAAUUGGGAAUAUGAACAUCAUAAAAGGAAAGAUUUAAAGAUAUUGGUAGAGGUGCCACCCAAGGAAAUAAAUGGUCAACCAUGUCACCUUGCAAAAACAAUAUCCCUAUGCUUGCAAAGCUGUCCAUUGAUAUUUGAUAUUAUUCAUAUUACUUGGUAAUAUGAAUGGACGAGCAUCACCCAGUAAUAGAAAACAUUUAACAUAAAAAGGAGAUAUCAGAAAAGAAAAAGAAAAAGAUUGGAGAAAACAGAUUGUGCAGAAGAAUAAAACUUCAAAAAGAAAAAAACCACACUGAUUAAUACACUCAGAAGGAAAGAAGAUAUUGCAUUCAUGAGAUAAGACCAUGAAACUAAAACUUGAGUAUUCAGAAGACAGAUAAAAGACCUUUUAGAAAUUAACAUAUGAUAGCACAAAUAAAUAACUCAAUACAGGAUUGGAAGACAAAAUUGAAGAAACUCUCCCAGAAAGUGUAGGAGAAAAUAGAUAUAAAAAAUACGAGGGGAAGGGAUGAAACUCACUGGAUGAAUAUCUGAAUAGCAGGGUUCAAAAAGAAAGAAAGGAGAUCAUCAAAAACAUAUUUUAUAAAAAAAACUGAAGAACAUAGUUAAUCAGAUUGAGAGAAUCCACUGAGUGCCUGGAACAACGCAUGAAAAUAGAUGCACAUCGAAGCAUCUCAUUGUGAUAUUUCGGAACAGGAGGCAAAGAGAAGGUCCCUACCAACUUUAGAGAGACAGGAAAAGAGAGAAAACAGUUUUCAUAGAAAGAAACAGGGAUCAAUACCAAUGGGCUUCUUAGCAGCCACACUGAAAGCUGGAAGGCAAUGAAAACAUGCCCUAAAAGUUCUGAGGAAAGAUUAUUUACAAGGUGCAAUUCUGUACCUAAUACCCAAACUAUUAAAUGUGAGGGUGCAUUAAAGACAUUUUCAGAUAUCUAAAUAUCAAAAUAUAUUCCUCCAGUUCAUUCUUUCUCUGAAAAGCUUGGAGGAAGUACUUCACCAAAGCAAGGAGGUAAACCAAGAAGGGAAAACAUGGCUUUCCCAAAGCAGGGAAAUCCCAGAGCAAAGGGAAUCCUCAGGGUGCUGGUAAAGGCGAUUCUAGCAUAUGAGCUGUGCAGCAGGCCCAGAAAGAGAGAAGUCCAAAUCAGAACUACUCAAAAUCUCUGGGAGAGACUUUUUCAAGAUGAAAUUGUCUGAAUGGCUAAUGAAUGGGCAAGUGACCUAGUCAAAAUGAGAUUUACAGGUCAGGUUAAAGUUUGCACAACUACAUAGAAAUACAUAGAGAACUAAAUUUUGAAAAACAAAACAAAAAAUCUAAGGCAGUUUUUAACACCAAAGAAACUAAUAUUAUUCAGAAGAGAAAAAAUAUUUUUAUAUACUAAGAGCUGCUCAGAGCAUUUUAAGAAAUUCUUAAAAUUAUUUUUUUUUAAUUGACCUGAUCUACAGUCUAACUCCUUAGAGUGAUGGGGACGUAAACAGGGAAUGGUGGACAGAGAACUGAAUCCUCAGCAUUUUAAGUAUGAUGAUAUCAACAGACAGAGCAUAAAAUUGAUCAAGAAAUAGCAAUAUACACAUGUUAUUUAGAAACAUGAGGGCAUAUAUUUAAAAGAAUGAUCUCAGGGGAAAGCCUUUAGGGAAUUGAAAAUGGGGAGCAGAUAGGAACAAAGGCUGCUAUUUUUCAUAACAAGUCUUGUGGAAAUAUUUGAGUACAAAAAUUAAAUGUUUUUAAGAAGCUAAAUGGAAAGGGAUGAAAAGAAAGUUGUGUUUAGCAACUGGAUCAAAACUUUUCCCUCUGCUUAAUGGAGAACUUCCUAUGGCUACCCUCAGAUAGUUAUAAAAGAACAAUUGCACUGAACACUUAUUUAAAAUGGCAAGGAAGGGCCACCUGGGUGGGUUAGCGGUUAAGCGCAUCUGCCUUCAGCUCAGGGCGUGAUCCUGGAGUCCCGGGAUCGAGUCCUGCAUCGGGCUCCUACGGGGAGCCUGCUUCUUUCUCCCUCUGCCUGUGUCUCUGCCUCUCUCUUUCUAUGUCUCUCAUGAAUAAAUAAAUAAAAUCUUUUAAAAAAAUAUGGCAAGGAAGACUUUAUUCUAGACUACUGCAGUAGGGAUCAAGACUAGUGCAAUACAGGAUGGAAAUUGAACUCUACUUAAAUAAAAGGAUAAUUUUUAAAUGCUGGAGUAAGCUAAUGGAAAAGUAUUAGAGGACAUUAGUACGGAGGCUGGUUGGUAUGAUUGGGCCAUCUGUGUUUGCUAAUUGACUAUUAUGGAAGAUAAGCUUCUACUCUCCCACGAGACUAUCUUUCUUGAUGAUUACAUUUCAAGGGAAUGGCUUCUAGGUCUUAACAAAGACAUGCCUAGGUUAUGAAAGAUCAACAUUUCCAAGGAGUAUAGAAAGAAUUCACAAUUGCAAGUUUUCUAAAGUUAACACUAGAAGAAGAAAAAAAGAGGUCAGGACCCCAUAGUCAGGAAGAAGCCCGUCUAAAGUUCAGUCAAGCCGAGGGCACAUUAAGGAAGGUCUUGGUAAUAACUCCACACCAUCUUUCAAAACUGAAAUCUUUCUCCUCACUUUCUUAUCUAAAUAUACUCUACUCUCUGUGUCCUGUCUCUGUCAUGUCACCACUGCAUAGAUCCUGUCCAUCACGUGCCAGAGUAUCUUCUAUUCCUUCUGUAGCCAGUGCUGUAAAAUCUUACCCCAGCAUCUUUUUAUUCCAUCCUUUCUCUCCAUUUUUCCAGUACUACUGCCUAUACCCAAACCCUUUUCAUCUUUCACUUGCUCUGAUGCACCCAUCUUAUUUUCUAACAACUUUAUUGAGGUAUAUUUUACAUAGCAUACAGCUUACCCACCCCAGGAGUGCAGUUCAGUGACUUCUAAGUAAUUUUACCAAGCAGUACAACCAUCACCACAUGUCAGUUAGAACAUUUUCAUCCUCCAAAGCCUCACCUGGUAGUUGUUUUCUCACUAGCAAAACAUCUAAGGCCCAGGCUUAAGGAUCAAACAGAAGUAGGUUCAACCCUAUUAGAGAUCUCCUCCCAAAACUUACUAGUUGUGUGAUAUUUGGGAAGGUUCUUCUGAAAUUUAUAAAAUGGGGGGAAAUUAAGAUCUAUCCCUUAAAAUUAUUGUGAGGUUUAAAUAAACACAGUAUCUGUAAUUUGUAAAAUUAUUUAUACUGUAUUUGUGGUGACCUCAACAACCCAGGUACUCCACGAGAACGACUUUGAGGUCAUUUUCCCCAGGAAUAUACCUAUAUAACUGACAUUUUAACCAGAAAGCAACCCUCCUAUGUAACUUUCCUGAUGCUAAUUUGUGUCAUGAUUAGUACAUACCAUCCAUUAAAAGUUGCAUCUUUUUAAAUAGCAUUUUUUUUAAUCAUUGAGUUAAAUUCAUGUUAUAUACAGGUGUUGUAAUGUAGAAUUUAAAAAAAAAAUACAGCUUAUACUGGUAUGUAGAAACAAUAGUUUCAGGAUACUAGCUUGGCUCUAACGAACAAUGUGACUGUUUUGUAUCAACAUUAUUUCCAACCAUCUGCUAAGUACAAUUUAGCUAGCAAUUAGCUAGCAAUUAAGCCAGUCUGUCAAAAAACUUAAUUGCCAACUCAACCAAUUUUCAGAGUUAUAUUAAUGAUAAUAGCUAUGCAGCAAACGGAAUUUAAUAAAAAUGCUUUGAACAUAAA